AGCCUUGUGUAUAGAUUUUUCUGGAGGUGUGUUGGGGUUAUGGCUGGCUCCAUUCAUUCCAAGGUUGGGUCCUACUUUGUCACAGAUUACGAUCCAACAAUUGAAGAUUCAUACACCAAACAAUGUGUGAUAGAUGAGAGGGCAGCAAGGUUGGAUAUUCUAGAUACAGCAGGACAAGAAGAAUUUGGAGCCAUGCGAGAGCAGUAUAUGAGGACAGGGGAGGGCUUUCUGCUUGUCUUUUCUGUCACAGAUAGAGGAAGCUUUGAAGAAAUCUACAAGUUUCAAAGGCAGAUUCUUAGAGUGAAAGACCGUGAUGAAUUUCCUAUGAUUUUAGUUGGUAACAAAGCAGAUCUGGACCAUCAAAGACAGGUAACACAAGAGGAGGGUCAGCAGCUAGCACGACAACUUAAAGUAACAUAUAUGGAAGCCUCAGCAAAAAUACGAUUGAAUGUAGACCAAGCUUUUCAUGAACUUGUCAGAGUUAUAAGGAAAUUUCAAGAGCAAGAGUGUCCUCCUUCGCCAGAGCCAACACGGAAAGAAAAAGACAAGAAAGGCUGCCAUUGUGUUAUUUUUUAAGAAUCCCAAGAAUCAAGCUAUCAACUGCCAGAUUUAUUUCUCUUUUCACCAUUUUAGAUCACUUUUGGUAUCUGUCUAGCCUUGUAUGUGCAUGUCCUAUAAAUGGGUCACCAAAAUAGCCUUAGUCCAAGAAGCUGGCUGAAUACAGUCCUUGAAGACGGCUCGGUCAUCUCAGGGCAGACUUCAAAGCAAAACACUAAGGCUGCUUCUUUAAUACCACAAGUCCUCCUUUCUCUCCCUGUUAGAGCUUGCACCUUGUGGAGCCUAUUCAUGAAGGAGAUGAAUCAAAACCUUGGAGGACAAGGUGUUUUGAGUUUCUUAUAAGUUAUCUUUUUGUGAAUUAAUUUAUUUUCACUUGGUAUUUCAUUAGCUGUUAUCAAGGAGACCUCGAAUCAAAGUAUAGAGCAUAGUUUUUGUUGUUUUUAAACUAAGGGUUAAUUGGCUUCUUGCCCUUAGGUUAAGUUAGACUUUACAAUUCAGCUAGCCUUAAGAAACCAACACUGAAUGCUAUUGUUAGCAAAAAUGUUUCAGCUCUUGUUUACGCUGCAGCUUUUCUUCAGUGGCCAAAACAGUCUACUAUAUUUAUUUUAUGGAUCCAGAUUACUACUACUACUACUACUACUAUUACUACUAUUAUAAUAUGGCCAAAUACCUGAGCUCCUUCUGGAUUUCGGCACUUCGAUAAUUGGAAAAUUUUACAUAAUAUUGGAAAAAGAUUCAUGUGUCUUCCUUUGUAUUUCUGGGUAAGGGAGUCAAGAAAAUUUAAAACUGUAGCUGGUUUUUUUUUCUCAUGUAAUAUAAAAGAUGAAUUUGAUCUUUCCAUUGUCAGAGAUGAUUAAAUGUUUUUGCUAUAUACUUUUAUACAUUAUUUUCUUAUCAAACUAGUUAACAAGUAUUUUUAUAUGUUUGUAAGCAAAUAUGCUUUCACAGCAUAACUUGUGUAUAUGUAAAGAUGAGUAUUUAAUUCUCACAGUUCACUUUUAACUGACAAAAUAAUGUGGGAUUUGCCGAACUGUGGUAGAACUUCUCCUCAAUGUUCUGGUUGUACCCAGCAGUGGCCAAUCAUGUGCCUGCCCAACAUACCUGUAGAGUAAAAUUUAGUGUUUUUUCAAAUCACUUUCAGUAUCACUUACUAUAGACUGACUAUUAUGUGAAUUAUUAAACUGUAAGACUUUUAACUGACUGUUUUAGUUUAACUGUGGAUGGUUUUUGAAUUUUGACUUCUGUGGAUUGUGUUUAAACAAUUCAAGAGUAUGUUCCCUGAUCUUGAAAUACUGAGUGGUAUUGCACAGUUGUCACCUUAUUGAAUGUGUACAAUGGUUCUAUGAAGUUUGAUUAUUAAGCAAACCCUUGUAUAACUUCAGGUGCUAGAAUUAAAGAUGAUCUAACCAUUAUGAAA